AUGUCAUUCUUGGCGUUAAGGCGCUGGAAUUCUCUCUUCCUGAUGGUGGAGAGAUUUAUGGAGCAGUUUGAUGCAAUCCAGGCAGCUGCUCUGGAUCUACGGCUGAGGAAGCCUAUGGAGAAGGACAAGCUAGAAAGGUUCACGCACACCGAUUUAAUGAAGGCAGAGGAGUUUAUUAAGUGCAUGCAAGUCCUGUACACGUCAACCAUGUGUGUGUCAAGUGACAAGUCACCCACAUGCAGCCAAAUCAUCCCCAUCCUGGCCAAGCUGGAGGCACAUUUCAGACGAUGUGAUGAAGACAGUGUUUUCACCUCUUCAAUAAAAGAGAAAGUCUGGGGUAGUCUGCAGAAAAGAUAUCAGGAUGAAAACCUUCAGAAAUUUCUGAAGGAGGCCACGAUGAUGGACCCACGUUUUAAAGGCAGGCUAGGUGGUGAGGCAGCUACUGACAUCUGGGACAGGUUGGAGAAGGCAGCAGUUGCAAAUGCCACAGCAGCAGUUGCACAGCCUCCCACUGAGGACCCCAAAGCACACAGCGAGGUGGAUGAUGCUGACAUGGACAAGCCAGAACAAUAUCUAAGUAAGGUCCAGAAGUCACCCUUAGAAAAGCUGUUUGAGGAUGAAGACAGAGAGCUUCAACAGGCUGCUUCUCAAGCAGGUAGAGUCCCCUCAAUCACAGAGCAGGUACAGAAGGAGCUUCAAAUAUACAAAAGACUGCCAGGAAUUACCUCUGGACAAGACCAUGUGGCCUGGUGGUGGAGUAAGAGGGAUACACUCCCCAAUUUAUCUGCCCUAUCAGAAAAAUACUUGUGUGUCCCAGCGUAA